UAAUUGAUUACUCUGUUUAGUAAAGAUAGCAGAUUGUGUAUUUUCGUUUAAUUCUUAAGUUUAUGCAGCCAUUGUCAUGGUUUUAUCAAGGGGUUUCGAAUAACUGCUAAUGCUAUUAAUUUUUUCGACAUUGUGUGGACAGGAAAAUCUCGAUCAUACAGAAUUUUCUGUAUCGAUAAAUAAUUUACUAAGUUUUAACUCUAACAAACGUACAUAGUAUUGUCGAUUAAUGAGAAUGAAAUACUGAAAAAGCUAUGGAGCAUUAAAAAUAGCAGAGAAGAUGCGUCAAUAGCUGAUAGUUUUAUCUAGGAUGCCGCACCCAUCCUUGAGCUACCUUGUAUUUGUGUUUAUCUACCACGAGAUAAGGGUUGUGAGGUAGGUAGUUUAUACUGACUCUUUCAUCCUUCACCAUUCAUAGAGGCCCUCGCUGUGGCAUUUCAUUGAGAACAGUCACUUAGUUACGCAUAUUUGUGUGCAUUCCACGUGCUUGUAUGAAUUUGAAUAGUUUCAUGAAUCAUUCGAAGAAAAUAUUACAUCAAUAAAUACUUAAACAGCAAAUAUUAAAACAACAAGUUUAAUUAAAAAUGGCCCUUCAGUCGGAAGAAUCAGGUAGAUUUUUUGACAACUGAAAUAUUAAUAUGGUUUAUAUUGGAAAUUUACGAUUUCAAAUGCAUUUGUACAAAAUAAAUAUUUCUCUAACCUCAUAAAUAGAAGUUCUGAAUUUUUUAAACUUCAACGGCCUCCGGAUCGGAACGAAAUCUCAUACCAAGGUGGUUGACGAACUUAAAAAGAUACGAGUAUUUAUAUGAUUAUUUUUGAAAGUUUUAACAUAUUUCAUCACUUCUUUCGCUAUUGUAAACUUCUUAUGGGAGGUAAUCGAUAGUUUAAAACCAUUCGAAAUGCAUUUUUUACUUUUUUCUGUAGGUCUGUAAUACCUUUUGAUUUGUUAAAUUUGACAAACUGCCACCACAUUGCGACGAACAGCGUACCAAGAUGGCUGACGAAUUUUCUCGAGAUUUUAUAAAAUCAAGUUUCAACUGGUUAUUUUGUAAGCCAACAUGUACAGUAUGUAUAAACUUUGAAACUGAGGAUAAUUGUGUAAUGUGAGGGUCAUGUUGUGAUGUUAUAGUAAUUUUCCGCAAGAGCCACCAUGAGAACAAAAUGCAAUUUGAAAUCCCUAACUUAUAAGUAUUUUUAAACUCCUCUCAUCGUUUAAAUCAUAAUCGUACAACAUUGUAACAUUUAGUAACAACAUUAUUGUCAUGUAUAACUGAAACGUUCAAAAAUACAAUAUGCAGUGUUUAUUUAUUCAACUAAGUUGUCAUUUACUAGUUUCAUUUUAAUAAUUUCAAUUCCCGAGGCACACACAAAGGGAGCUAAAUUGAUUUGAUUGGAACUGGUCGAAAGACCACUUUACCAUCUAAGGGAGUCUGGUAAUGUAAUAAGAGCUCCGAUUAAAUUACCAUAUAGCCGCAGCUCCGCGUGGCGGGAGUGUACGUGUGGUACGUGUGUAAUAAUUAUGGUAAUAUCUGCAGAGCCUUGUCGACAUCUGUGAGACAUGGGAGUAAUGGAGCGAGAGAAUCACGACAUUGUGGGGAGAAGUUGUUGGGUCUGGCAGUGAACCAAUAGCACAUCGGGACAGUGAUAGUGAUAGUGACUGACAGGUAGUGUGGAUAACUUCGUCUCUGGAACAUCCACCAUGGGCAAAACAAGCAGCAAGUUGAAGAAAAAGGACCGGACUCAAAGUAUCGCAUGGAGUUUCCGGUUCCCCUCGUUGAUCUCCCUGUCUCGCCGCAAGAUGCCUGUGACAGGUCCUCACCUGGAUAUUUCGCAAUGGCUGACCAUUCUGGACCUCACGCAGUACAGUAACAUCUUUGAAAAGUUUUCAGGGGUUGAGGAGCUAUUGAGGUUCUCAGAAGCGGACAUCAAAGACCUUGGGGUCAAAAACUCAUCUCAUCGCGCCAGGAUGGUUUCCAGUCUAGUGGCCUUGAGAGCUAAAUACGAAAAGGGAGCUCGAAAAAAGGACAAGCCACAAAGACACAGUGUUGCUGUUGAUCCCAGUCGUUUAGUGAAUCAAAAUGGAGAGUCUGACAUACUGGUGAUCAGUAACGUGAUACAGAGCAAGAGCUUAUGCAACAUAAUUAUGGAGGCGACGCCCGACCCCACGGCAGACCCGGCUCAGCUGCGGAAAGCCUUGGAGUGGGAGUUGAGCUUGGACACGCGGGACCUGAGGUCGCAUGCCUGGUAUCAUGGUGCCAUACCGAGGUCUCGGGCCGAGGAGAUCCUUCAGGACAAUGGAGACUUCUUGGUAAGGGACUGUGCCUCCCAGCCGGGCAACUAUGUCCUCAGCUGCCGCAGCAAGACUCAGGGUCUUCACUUUGUCAUCAACAAGGUUGUCAUUCAGCCGGAUACGGUGUACGAGCGGGUGCAGUACCAGUUUGAGGACGAUGCCUAUGACACUGUGCCGGACCUUAUUACCUUCUACGUGGGCAGUGGCAAGCCCAUAUCCACGGCUUCUGGAGCCAGGAUAACGACCCCUCGUAACCGCCUCUACCCUCUCACUUUUUACGCAUCCAAGUACGGGCUUCAGCAACAGAUGGGUGGGGGAACACCUGCGAUAUCCCCCAUCGCCUCGUCCCCCCUGGCGGCCGGAGGGACCCUGAGGUUCAAUACUUAUAACAGUUACCGGAGUCCGGUGCACUCGCCACCUCGCACAAAACGAGAAAUUCCUCCGAGAUUACCGAGCAAGAAGCAACGAAGUCACUCACUGACUCCAUCAGAGAUGAACGGAAAAGGGUUGUCUUUGAGCACCCACGGGUCCAUUGACGAGAGGAGUAACAGUGCUGAUGGAGUAAUUUUAGAUUCCCCGAUGACGAGGUCUUGCCAAGAACCUUCUACAAAUGGUAAUAAGUUUUCAACACACUCUUUACCUAGAAGUGCAGGAGUAAAUUCGCCAAAAGGUCCUUUAGUUGCCCACUCAGGUACAUCGACCGUGCCGAGAAAUUCUAAAAUCGUUAGAGUUACCAGUGACCCGGCUCUCAGCCCUUGUCUGGAGAGGAGAAGGUUUGAAUGUUCUACUGACGCAAAGCAUGAAGAAUGUGAAACAGAAACGCUCGAACAACCUCCUCCAAAACCAAGCAGGCUUCCUUCGCUGUUACGAACCGAUAGUAAUGUUCCCGACAACGAUAUCAUAGACGACACGAGGCCGGGCAGUGCCUCUCUUACAGAUAUACCUUAUCCCAACCACGGGACUUUCCAGAGGGUCGUCUCUUACCACGCUUCUGGAAGCGAUUCUGGGAACGGCUCUGGAGAUUCUGCUCAAAGCUCGGCAGCUGGAGAUGCUUCAGAAUCGACAACCCCUUGCUCAACUCUUCCACAGAGACCUAGUGGUGUGAUCAUAAAGAAUCCCCGGUACAUUCACACUCAGUGUCUCUCGUCAUCCUGUUCCUCGACCACGUUGAAAGCUUAUGACUACGAUUCUGCCCUGGAAGACUCGAUGUUGAUGGACGCUGCACUUAGUGUCGAAUUCCCGACGUUCUUCGACUUAGAAAACUUCCAAACUCUUCUUCUACCCACCUCAGAAAAUAAACCUCUUGAUGCCACAGCUCUAAAAGGUAUUCAAAUGAUGCUACAAGAGACUGGUUCUCGGAUCCUUGCCAAUCAUCUGACUAGAAUAGACCUGGAACUGACUGUCGGCACCGACUCUUGCAGACCCUGGGAAAAUGAACCUGGAGUGGGGGUAAAGUCUGGGAUAGAGAUGGCUGCUUUGCCGAUGGGAAGUCAAAUCAGGAUGGAUCUAAUUGAAAGAACGCAAUGCCUGAAACUGCUGGUGGCUGUCACCAUCCUGACUUGUGCCACUGAAGGGGAAAGAGCUGAGACACUCAACAAGUGGAUCCAAGUUGCCAUCGACACCAAAACAGCCCUUGGAAACCUGUUUGGUUUUGCAAGCAUAAUGUUGGGACUGUGCAUGCCGCAGAUCCAGAGGUUGACUGUGACAUGGCAUGUGUUGAGGCAGAAGUUUACGGACUCGGCAUUCAACUUUGAGGCGAAACUGCGACCCACGCUGAAGAGCAUGAACGAGUGCACGAACCCUCAGGCUCCCAAUACCACCAUCCCCCACUUACUACCCUGUGUGCUGCUCCAGGAGAGGACCAUAGAGGAGAUCAUGGGUAACAGGCCUCUCUCAAGUCUGGAAGUGAGUUGCCUCAGUUCCUGGGAGUCAUCCACCUCUGACUUUGGCCUUGGUACUCUCUUUGCUCAUCUAGAGGCCUCGCGGAAGUUUGGCGAGUCGUUGACAUCACUUAGGCGCAACGCAGAAAUUGUUUUGAGUGACUCAAAGGUUGAUGAUCUUCUACUGGACAUGUUUCGGACAGAGUUUCACCUCAAGUUCCUGUGGGGCUCACGCGGGGCUACUGUCUCAGCAGCAGAUCGGCACUCCAAGUUUGAGCAGGUGCUGACUGUGAUGAGUGACAAGUGCGAGCCCCCUGAGCCUCCUGCCCCCACACAGCCUUCUCAAGCAUACAGCCCUGCCAUUGGCACCAGUGUAUAAGUUUUGAAUGAACAACCAUAAUGAAGUCAUUCUUCUUUUUCUUUAUUUCUUCAAAAAACAAUAUUCAAACAUUGUUAUAACAAACUAUGAAAUACGCUUACACCAGUGGCAGAUCCAGGGAGGGACCAUGGGGGCCAUGGCCCCCCCAUCAGAGAUUUUGAAAAGAGAAAUUUUUAUAAAUCAAAUUUAAUUACUCCUGUAUUGUAACCAUAACAAAUAAUUUAACUUAUUGAAGUAAUCUUCAAAUGAUUAAAUUUCUAUCUCAAUAUUUUACUUUUUGUUGUAUCUAAAUGUAAAAUCACCGGUUACAGUAAAGAUAAUUGUAAACUAAAACCAAGAUGGCUUCCUCCGAAAAUCCUUGUUGGAUCCGCCCUUGGCUUACACAACAUUAAAUACAUAAGUAAUUAGCGUAUAUGUCAAAUAUUAAUAUGUCCUAAACUAAAAUAAGAUCAAAAAAUAAGAUAAAAUUCUAAGAUGUUAUUUGGAUUUUUAUUUAUUAUAUUUGGAUUAUUAGUGUUGUAAUACGAAUUCUCUAUGAGAAUAAGGAGAAUGAUUUUCAUCCUGGUGUUUGAAUGGAAACAAUAUAAAAUGAAGCCAACGUAAUUUAAGCAAUGUAAAUUAACGUCUUUAAAAAAAUUAAUUAUUUAAUAAUAUGUUGUACCAAAUAUUUCAUUGUUAAAAAAUGCCAUUGUAAUGUUAAAAGUUUAAAAUUGAAUAAGCACUAUUUAAAUUAAAUUACUUGUUUGUAAUGUUUCCAUUCACUGAUUAAAAAAUGUUACCCAGAAAGGUGCAAUUCGAAUACAGUCUUAAGCAUAUGGUUGACUUUUUAUUUGAUGAUUUAGUUUUAUUUGAUUUAUUUGUGAUAUUUUAGUUUUAGUCUGCAGUAUUAAUUAUAUUAAAUUUUAACCAUUACUGAAAUGAAAUUUGUGUAAAAUAAAAUGAUACGUGACGUUUUGUUGACUAUUUUUAGUUGUACAUUUUAAAGUUUUGUUUGUUUUGUUUUUAAUUAAACCUUGGUUUCUAAUCUUGUAGAUUACUUUGAUACUGAAGCUAUUUAAAAAGUGGCUCAUGUUGUUGAAAAAGACGAACGAUUCCCUAGAUAUAUAUUGUAAAGAUAUUAAUAAGACUGACCACGAACUAUGUACGUUACAUUAUUAACCGUGAUGUGUAGAUUAGUAUGUACAUUCCUUAUGGUUGUAAAUUACCUGUGUACAAAUAGGAUACGGCAUUGUAUAUAGAUCGGUGAAGCCGACAAGACGUACUUAACUGUUGUGAGAUGGCAGCUGUCUUAUUUAUUUAUUAAAUAUUUGUAACAUUUCUGAAUGUUGAUUCUUAGUUCAGUAAGUGGAAGGUAAGAUUACACCGAGUUAAACUGUGAAGUUGUAGAGGAAGUACCCGUGAGUAUAAGUUGUUGUUGUUGUUCUCGUUUUUGUAAUGUUUUACAUGGAACUAUUUUGCUAAAUUUACAUUGAUACUUUGUAUAUGUAUGAGGGAAAAUGUUCAAGAUGUAUAGGUGGUCUACAUUAAUCGUCGCGGCACAAAAAUAUGCUUUAUCAAUUUUGUUAAAAUUUUGUGUUACCAUUUUUACGGAAGCUAGGUCAUAAUUUCACAGUAUCUGUUACAUUUAAAAAAAUUAAAACUAGACAUUUUUAUUAAAAUUACCUUACAACUUUAUUUUUGUGUCUUCACUAAAAUUGAAGUGAACAACUUCCACUUGAGUAUUUUCAUUAAAAUAUUGCACAUGUGCUUGAUCACUUUUUUCCUAUCAGUGUCACUAUCCUUUUCUUUCAGUCCAAAACUCGUACUGCAUUUAACGUAAAAAAUAAAUCUGUAAAUCUCUCAACUAAUGGAUUGAAAAUGUUCCGAAUUCCCCCUCCUCCAUUUUACACUGCACAGCUGAUUCGCAUAGGAUGAGUGCUGUAAAAUUCAUUUUACAGUUUAUAUGCCCUGAUCUGGUUAUUUAAAUACAUUGUGAAACCAACGAUGCAUGCUGUUUAUUGAUUCCAUUUUAUUGAUUCGUUUAAAAAUAUUGGUCUCCAUCGGUAGAUUCACCUACCAAAAUAUGAGGAGCCUGAAUUACAUCAUCAUAUUGAUUCUUACCAAUACCUCUUUUUAUGAGCUAGUUGCACUGGUGCCAUCUUGAUUUUACCCCAAUAAGAGCAAUGUUAAACUCCUUAGACCCUUUAAAGUCCUUAUUUUUUGUCAUAGAAUAAUUGGAAUGUUUAAUUUUAAGCAUGUGCUUAAUAUGCAUCUAGACCCUUAUUAGGGCUUUUAAAAUGUUCUUUUUCAGAAAAAAAUAUAAAAGUUCCCUGUACUUUAUAUUGUGUGAACACUCAAAAAACUAUACUCUUUCAAGGAAAACUAAAAAGCGUUGGGUUGUGCAUCAAUGACAUCUUUAACCCUGAAAGCGUCAACUGACCUAUUUGGUAUCAAUCGCGUAACUUCCAAAGUGUGACUGAUACCGAAAGUGUUGAUUCGUAUUUUAGCAUUAAAAGCACUAUUAACAAUCAAAGAUCUUUAAAUUAUACAUCAAUCAAAAGUCUAAGAGUUAUUUUUAAUGUUUAGAUGUCUUUGAUUUUCUUUUAUCCUGUUUCUAGAUCACAAUCUGUGUGGUUUUGAUGUUAAUCUCAGUGAAUUUUUAUCUCUGUGAAAUUUUUGUUUUUUUAAGCAAACCAUUUUGUUUUUUGUUCAGAUAUUUUUUUAUUCAAAUUGAUCAAAGCUUUAUCAUACACUGUUGAUCAUAAUACUUAAAAUGGGUGAUCCUUGUAGAUCAAGUGAUGAUAUUCAUGGCAUUCUAAUGGAAUGUGAUGUGACUGAGUUUGUUGAGUCUGAAGUAGAAGUGUUGUAUAUUUUUUAUGUUUUUGUUAAUUUUUAAAUAAUAUACUGGACUUAUUCACUGUUCUAAAUCAGGUAACUUCAUAAGAAUAAAAAUAAACAUAUUAAUUUGCAUAAUUUUAUUAUGGUUAUUUCAUUGUGUUGCUUAGUAACUGAAAAUGGCUAAACAUUGACCACUUAGCUCUUUUCUCUGUAAAUAUAAAAAUUAUUUCCAUUUUUAUUUCUGAACCCCAUAACACUCUUGAGUUCAAACUAUAUUUCUUACAAUUUGGCUAUUUCAGAUUUUUGAAACAUCUUAUAUUUUAUUAUAAUGUGGAUACUUUUAUUUAAUAUAUUUUUUCACAUGUCAAAUAUUAAAUAUAAUAUAUGCUUUAAAAAUAUUUAUUUUUGUAUUUUUACCUAAAAAUUGUGUAGCUUUAUUCUCAGAUUCUUACUAAAAAUAAAGUUUUUUAAUGAAAUUUACAAAGGAACCCUGCAAACCUACAAACGUCAGUGCACACUUUAGAAUUUCUGAUCAACGUUUCCAGAGUUAAAUUGAGACCCUGCAAUAUCCUCCUGUCCAAAAAUAAGGAUGUAAAACUGUUUAAAGUUUAAGCCUGUUCUUACGGGGUAAAACUCAAAAUUGUUUCACUACAGCUUGCUCUUAACUUAACAGUAUCGGUUGUUUGUCAAAACUAUCAUAUCCCAAAAUCUGUGAAGAGCCGAUCUUUCAUCUGUUCCCUCAUAUUUUAUGAGUCCAGUAGUUAUAAUCAAAUCCCUCAUAAUACAUGCUUUGAUAAUAUUGAAGAAAAACAUUCAAAUCAAGUAAUGUAGCUGAAUUUUUCAGUUUCGUGAUCUUUCAAUGCUUUUGUUUAACAGCAGUAUUUUAAUGAGUAGUGGAGGAGUGGUCUAACUAUGUUUAUUAAAUCUUGCCAAAAGAAUGUAAAACCCUUCUUCCAUAAACGUAAGGCCAAACCGCACUGGCAAGGCUAUGGGAUCAAGUUGCAUAUUUUUGUGCCAGGUAGUUGGUAGCGUAGCAUCGCACUCUAGUUUACUACAUUCCAAUGUCUAUUGGUGUAUUAUAUCGUGUAUGCCUAUUUAUUACCUAAGCUAUGCUAUCUAUUCAUACUUAGACAAAUACAGUGCAAUAGACUCAUACUCAUGGUGGUUUCUUAUACGUCAGUAUUUUCCUAGUAAAGAGUAAUGUAACGUUUUAUAAUCACUGCCAAAUUUGUAUGAGCUCAUUUUUGGCUUGGCUUCAUUUCGAUUUGGAGCGUUAACUACUUUAAAACGUACGUCGUAUCCAAGUAAUGGUUUUUAACAUGUUUUUCUUUUAAACACUGAUACAACUAGAACUGUUAAAAUUAUGGUAGUGUAAACUUUUUUUGGUACUUGGUAUCGUAACGCUUUUACUGCAAGAUAUUUACUGAGAACAUUUUUGUAAUACGGCAGCUUUUAAGAACGUUUUUCUAAAACAUUUCAAAAGUGACCAAUUAGUUUAUAAUAUUCAACUAUUUUUAUUUAUAAUAUUUUAAAAUUAACAAUAUAAACUGUAAUAAAUUAAAUUACUUUGCACGUAUAACCUGGUCAUUUUAAUAACAUAAUUUUGCUUCAAUGAUUGAAUUUGCAAAGUUCUACUCUUAAAACUUGAAUUUCCUAUUUUAUUUGUAUAGGUACUUACAUUUUUUCUUAAAGCUGUUUUGAGUGCAUAAGUGACUAAAAUUGUUUAAUUUCUACAGAAAUUUACAAAUUAAUGUUAAAUUAGUACAGAGUAGACAUUACUUCCAUGGUAAUAGAAUUGUCAUUAAUUAACACAAGAAAUGUAACACAUUAACGCAAGUCCACUGCCGCUGCUAGUGACUUAACACAGCCUCUACAGUUCAAUGAAAUAAACGGAAAUGUUCAAAUUAAA